UCGCUAGCUGUGAAAUGAAGCACUCUGGAUGAGUACGCAACAAAGCAGGAUAAGAUCCAACGCAGCGGCUUUACUUACCAGGAUACGAGCUUGCAGAAACUUGGAAAGAGCAAGAAAAGUUCACGCCGAGGCUGUAGAAACCGGUGACCAUCUCGAAGCGUUCGUCGCAAACUCUCUUGUCAGGAUGUUCGCAAAGUGUGGCAGCAUGGCCGACGCUCGUCACGUCUUCGACAAGCUUCCACUGCCCGAUGUAGCGUCGCAAAACGCACUGAUUCAAGGCUACGCGGAGAACGGACAGGGUGAAGUUGCCUUGGAGCUCUUCGAAAGCUUGCGGCAGCGUAGCUACAGGCCGAGUUCCCGUAGCUUUGUCGCUGUUCUCAAGGCUUGCAUCGAUCUAGCAGCGAAAGAGGAGGCCAAACUGGUCGAUGGAAGGCCCGUGAAGUCGGACAGUCUCGGAAAAGGAGUGGAGAUCCAUGUUCUCGCAGGAAAACUCGGUUGUCUCGGCAGCAUCUUCGUGCUAAACAGCCUGAUCAGCUUCUACGCGAAGUGUGGCAGCAUGGUGGACGCUCGCAGGGUGUUCGACGGCAUGAAGCAGCGAGAUAUAGUCUCCUGGACGAGUUUGAUGCUCGGCUACGUUGAAAGUGGAGAGCCAGAGACGGGGCUGGAUCUGUUCGCAGCGUUGCUAGCCCAACGAGACUGUGAUCCGGACGCUACAACCUUCGUGGCUGCUCUCAAUGCUUGCACUGCUCUGGCGGCGAAAGAAGAUGGCAGACUUGUCGAUGGAAGAGUUCUGAGACUUAAGUCGCUGGAGCAGGGAAUGGCGAUUCACUGCGAAGCUCGGAAGCUCGGCUAUGAUCUCCACAGCGUCUUCGUGGUGAACAGCUUGAUCAACAUGUACGCCAAGUGUGGAGGCUCGCUGGACGCUCGUAAAGUCUUUGACAGUAUGACGCACCACGACGUUGUCUCCUGGAAUUCUUUGAUACUGGGCCUUGUCGAGAACUCUCAAGGUGGACUGGCUUUGGAUCUGUUUCCCUGCUCGAGCUGCCCUGCUCAAACUCUCAGCUUCGUGAUCGCCCUCAAGGCCUGUAGCUGCGUUGCUGCCAGUGAGGAUGGAGAACUUGUCGAUGAUAAGAUGGUGAAAGUCGAAGCUCUGGCGAAGGGGAUGGAGAUCCACUCUCGAGCACGAAAGCUGGGCCACGAGUCGGAGAUUCUCGUCGCAAACGCGCUGGUUGACAUGUACGCGAAGUGCGGAAGCUUGGAGGACGCUCGCGGGAUUUUCAACCGGAUGCCGCUGCACAGCCUUGUUUCCUGGACGAGUUUGAUGCUCGGGUACGCGGAGAAUGGCGAUGCCGACCGAGCGCUGGAACUCUUCGCCUUGGUGCGAGCUCGAGGCUGCGAUGUGCGGGCAUAUCUCGCGGCGCUGAAAGCUUGCGGGACUGUGGUGUCGCUGGACCUCGCAAGAGUCAUCCAUGAAGACAUCACUCGAGCCGGACUGGAGAAUUCUCUGGCUCUGGACACCGGCCUGGUCGACGUUUACGCCAAAUGUGGAAGCUUGGACUCUGCUCGUCGAGUUUUCGACGCUGUAGCCUCGAAGGACUCGGUGACUUGGACAGCGCUCGUAGCGGGCUAUGGCAGACAAGGUGACACAAGCCGGGUCUUCGAGUUCUUUCACAGGAUGCAAGACGAGGGACUCCGGCCAAACGCUGUGACUUUCCUGUGCCUUCUCACUGCCUGUAGCCAUGGUGGGCUUGUCGAGACGGGGAAGAGCUACUUCCAGGCGAUGGAGCCCAGAUAUGGUCUUGUUCCUGGUAUCGAGCACUACCACUGCAUGCUGGACAUACUUGGUCGCGCCAACGAGCUCGAGAGUGCCGUAGAGAUGGCGAGAAGGAUGCCUUUCAAGCCAAACCCGGUGACUUGGAUCACCAUCCUGGGAGCCUGUCACAAGUGGAAGAACGUCGCGGUGGGAAGGAUUGCGUUUGACGCGCUGGUGGAGCUGGAAGUCGGUGAAGGAGCCGUGUACACGCUCAUGUCCAGCAUCUAUGGAGCUCGAGGGAUGUGGGAAGAACAGGCUCGAGUGCUGGAGGCCAUGAGAAGAGGAGCUCGAAAGAAACCGAGAUGGCGAUGGUGGUCGGACCAAAUGGAAAGGAUUAUCGGUGGCGAUUCUUGUCAAGCUCGCUGUUUGUCUGGAAAAUCAAAUUUUUAGCUGA